UUAGAUAUCAUCGUCUCCAUGAUUCAAUCUACAUUUUUCCUCCUCAGGGACAGAUCUUGAGCAAACCUUGUCAUGAGGAGUCCCAGGCAGCAGCCGCGUGUCUCCUGGCUUGGAAUCAAGAGAAGGGUCUACACCUUCGCCCUUUUCUUGGCUCUGCUCGCCUUUCUCCUGACUCUCACCUCGCUCUCCAGAUUUUACUCCCAAACCAGCUCCAGCUUCACCGUCGACGCCUUCGCUGCUUUGCUCACCGCCGGCGACACCCACUCCGUCGGCGACAGUACCGUCGACCGCGUCAUCGCCAAAAUUGUCUCCCAGCUGGAAAACCUGAGAGAGCGGCCGGCCGUUUCCCCCCAAUACGACCGGAAGCUGAGGCACGAGAGAGACGGACAAAUCGCCUUCCUCACGGAAAUCCUCGGCCUGGUCGUGUCGCUCAAAGAAUCCCCGCAGCCGGUUCGGCGGGAUGCUCCGACGACGAGCCAAGGGGCUCAACAUCCUCUGUCGCGGGGCGAGCGGUCGCACCACGAGCUGGUGGAGUACUUCCUGGUGGAGGAGAUCCGGAAGUACGUGAAGGCGAAGCCGAACCGGCUGGGGAAGCAGAACUUCAUGGGCGCGAACGGCACCUUCGCCAGCAUCGGCCACGCCUGCUUCGCCAUGAAGGAGGAGCUGGAGGAGUACAUGGACUACGACGUCGGAGACUUCUGCAAGGACGACUGGAAGCAGGCGCAGCGGCUGAUGGUCCACGGAUGCGACCCGCUCCCCCGGCGCCGUUGCUUCGCCGCCGCGCCCAAGCUCUACACCCGCCCCCGCCCCAUCGCCGACUCGCUCUGGAACUACCCCGACGACCGCAACGUCCUCUGGAGCCACUACAAGUGCAAGAGCUUCGCCUGCCUCGCGCGCAACGCCACCGGAAAGGGCUUCUUCAAGUGCAGCGAGUGCUUCAACCUCACCCACCACGAGCUGCCCCGGUGGAUGAGCUACUCCUACGUCGACCCUGCUAGGAACUCGACGGCGGACUUCCUGAUCGAGGAGGUGCUGGAGGUGAAGCCCGGGGAGAUCCGCGUGGGGCUGGAUUACAGCGUGGGGACGGGGAGUUUCGCGGCGAGGAUGAGGGAGUUCAACGUCACCGUCGUCUCGGCCACCAUCAACCUCGGCGCUCCCUUCAGCGAGACGAUCGCGCUGAGGGGGCUGGUGCCUCUGUACGUGACCGUGAACCAGAGGUUGCCCUUCUUCGACAACACGCUGGACAUGAUUCACACCACGAGGUUCCUGGAUGGAUGGAUCGACUUCGUACUUCUCGACUUCGUGCUGUACGACUGGGACAGAGUGCUGAGGCCCGGAGGCCUGCUGUGGAUAGACAGCUUCUUCUGCCACACCGGCGACCUGGAGGACUACUUGGAGGCGUUCGAGGUUCUGAGGUACAAGAAGCACAGGUGGACAGUGGUGCCCAAGGUCGACAAGGCCGGGAAGGAGGUCUUCUUCUCUGCUCUGCUAGAGAAACCGCCGAGACCUCUCUGAAACUUGAGAAAAUCGAUCGAUCGAUCGAGCAUCUUGCGCAUCGAUCUUUAAUUCACUCGCGGUUUCAUAUAUAUAAAGAUCGAUCAGAGAAUUGAAGGAUCUUCGUUGCCGUUUGAUACCUGUUUAUAGUUCUUAACCCGCUCUUUGUGUGUGAUCAGCUUAAUUAACAUUGUAAAAGUUUCACUGUUCCUCUUUAUUUGGAGA